AUGCAUUUCCUCCAGAUCACUGCCCUUCUUACUCUUCUUGCGCCGUUGGGUUUAGCUCAGGGUGAUAAUGGAAUCUUAGUCAACGUAAAUUCACACGGCACCAGUAGUGUAUACUACCCCGAAUCUGGUAUUUGUACGCCAAUUGGUGUUAACCAGGCAGGCACUGUACAGAACUCAGCCCGCUGUGUUUUCUAUAUACAACCGGGUUGUAAUGGGCAGCUUGCCGUUUUUGGAAGCGGCGUCCACAGUAUCUAUCCUCCUGAGGAUAUUGGGAGUGUGAAGUGCUAUGAAUAG